UCAGCAUGCCGUAUACGGAAGCAUUCAUAAUGGAAUCGUUGAGACAUGGGAGCUUAAUCCCCAUGGGAGCACCUCACGUUGCCAACAAUGACACCGAGAUCAAUGGCUAUUUCAUUCCCAAGGGCACGAUCGUUCUGGGGAACAUCUGGUCGUGCCACAAUGACAGAAGAUUCUGGUCAGACCCGGAGGAGUUCAGUCCAGAGAGAUUCCUGGACGAGGAUGGGAAAGUGAAGACCAACGUAUCCAAUUUUCUGCCUUUUGGUCUCGGAAGGAGGCAAUGCCUCGGGGAAUCUCUGGCCAAGAUAGAAUUGUUCCUCUUCAUGGCAAUCUUCAUGCAAAAGUUCACUUUCUGCGUUCCUGAAGGACACCCGAUCCCUCCCAGAGAGGCCAAUGGGAGUUUCAUCAUUAACUCUCCGAAGCCCUACAAAGUCCUCCUCAAGGAGAGACUGCAUGACAGCAGGGUACAUGCAUAAUGCCCUCCUUGAAGAAGAAAAAAUAUAUUUCCUAAAUUGAUGUACAAUAUAUUAACAUGUCUGCCUCUCUAUCUCUCUGCCUUUCUCUCCGAAUGUUUUACCUUUUCACCUUCACUACUUAGCAGGAACAGUAUGGCAUUCCUUUUUAGUCACUUCUUUCCCUCGACAGAUUCCAGGAGAUUGUGAAACCCAAAAGCUGCUGUCUAUGCAGCACAUUCGAUGAUUUAUUGUUAUUGAGUUCAUGGAUUGGAUAGUAUCUGUCGUGUAUCUUAAAAUUUGUCUGACGUUUUGUUGCUUGG